AUGGACAACAUUCAUCGCAAUGUGGCGGCAAAAAGCGAAUUAUUGCGCCAUCAGGCGCGGGGCCGACGAUCGAAAAAACCGCUUGUGAAAAUGGCAAAGUUUGCGGUUGGAGAUUAUGUUCUGCUGGGCAAAGUCGUCAACUUUCCCAACAAGUUAGCCCUGAACUGGAGAGGGCCAUACCGUGUAUCACGCAUCGAGUCAGACUACGUGAUGGAAAUUCAACAACUAGUUGAACCAUUUGCUACGUCGGUCCAUCACGCCAGCCGGUUGAAAUACUUCUGCGAUGCCGCCUUGGACAUCGACGACUUGAAGGAAUAUGCGGUAUUUGGUGACGAAGGCUUCUUCGUUGAAGACCUCCUCGAUGCACGGUAUUCGGGCCACCGGUGA